AUGUUCUUCAGCACAUCCUUAAUAUUCCUCACAUUCACACCCGCACAUGCAGCAACGACACACAAAACGCUCACACAGCAACAACUGCGUAGCAUUUCGCCCGCGCAGCUGCUGAGAGAAUAUGCCGAGACGCCGCUGCCAGCGAAUUCGAGUCACGCGGCAUUCGUCGAGUCCAGCAUCGAUUCGUGGACGGCGCGUACACGAGUUGCGUCGAAGCGGUUGCAGCGGCUCGAGCAAGAGCAACAACAGGCACAACAUCAUCGCCAGCAACAGCGCGCACAAAAACGCAAAAAGCAACAACAAGAAGUGUUGCAGCCACAGCCGCAGAAAUCACAAAAGCAUGAAAAAUCGCGUAAACAACGCGAACGCCAACAACAAAAACAACAGCAUGUGCAUCAAACGCAAACACAUCAGGCAUCACGUCGUAAAACCAAAAGUGGUCUGAACAUCGAGAGCAACAUAAAUAGUAAUGAAUUUGUUGCGGACAAUAUUGCGCUGGAAGAUGCCACAAAUGCGGCAGCGGCAAAGGCAACAGCAACGGCAUCAGCAUCGGCAUUUGCUGUCAACACAAGCAAACGUGCCACGUCGACGCAGAGGAAGAAAAAUGGCCGUAACGGCAACGGUGUGAGUGGUGUUGGUGGCAACUACAAUGGCGGUAGUCAUAAUGGCCAUGGCAUCAGAGACGUUGGAGGCGGCGGCCAACGUCAGAAAUUGCACAGAAACGUUCUGCGCAUGCUCAACAGCCAAUCGGAGUCCAUGACCGGCGGCGGUCUCUUUCCGCCACUCUUCAAUGUCGCACCACGCGCCCAUAUAACCGUCAAUGCCACCUGUGGUCAGAGUGGGCGUGAGGAAUAUUGCAAAUUAGUCGAUGCAUAUCCGCAUAAGAAAUGGGCCACACAGUGCGGCAUUUGCAAUGCUCAAUCGUCCGAUGUGGCCAAACAGCGACCCAUCGAAGCGGUCAUCUCCAAUUCGAAUUUCGACGAACGUUGGUGGCAAUCGCCGACUUUGCAAUAUGGCAGGCACUUUGAAUAUGUCACCAUAACAUUGGAUUUGCGGCAGGUCUAUCAAGUCUUUUUCGUUAUGCUUAAGUCAGCGAACUCACCGAGACCCGCUUCAUGGAUACUUGAAAAAUCACUUGACGGCUUCACUUACGAAUCCUGGCAGUAUUUCGGCCUGAGUGAUGCAGACUGUCAGCGACGUUACGGCCUAGCCGGACAAAAUGGCAAAUACGUUUUCGAAAAUGAUACUGAAGUCAUUUGCACCACACAAUUCUCAAAAGCGCUACCAUUAGAAAACGGUGAAUUGCACGUCUCCUUACUGAAGAAUCGCCCUGGUGCCAUGGAUCAAUCAGAAGAGCUAAUGAACUUCAUAACGGCGCGUUACAUACGCAUCCGCUUGCAGGGUAUGCACACAACAGCAAAUCUGGACAACAGCGUGGAUUGGCUACUGGAUGCACAAUCACUUGAGAAACGUUCCUUCUACUCACUAAAGCAGAUACGCGUAAGUGCGCGCCUCGAUUGCCACGGUCAUGCCGAUAAGACCGUCGAGUUGGCGGAGAAGCGCGCCGAUGAGGUGGAGUACGCACAACUCGCAUCAUCGCUGCAAUGCGUCUGUCAGCACAAUACCUGCGGUGCGGAUUGCGGCGAAUGUUGUGCACUUUAUCAGGACAAGCCAUUCCGUAAUGGCACAACGCGUGAGGCGAACGAUUGUGAGCUGUGUCAGUGCAAUGGCCAUGCGGAAUCGUGCAUUUACGAUGCAUUUCUGGAGCGCGGUAUCUGCCAACAAUGUCAGAACAAUACCGCCGGCAACGAGUGUGAGUUCUGUGUUAGCGGUCAUUAUCGCGCGCACAAUGAAACGCUCACCACACCCUGCCAACGAUGCGAAUGCGGCGAACGUGGCGCAACGGGCACUUGUGAUCCAGAGAGUGGUGACUGCCACUGCCGCGAAGGAUUUCAAGGCGCGCGCUGUGACGAAUGCAGCAGCGGUUACUAUGGCGAAGAAUGCCGUAGAUGCGAGUGUGAUGUGCGCGGCACAGUACCGGACACGGAAUGCGCGGGCGUAUGUAAAUGUAAGGCGCAUGUGGCUGGCGACACCUGCAGCGAAUGCUUGCCGGGCUAUUAUGAUCUAAGCGCUGAGCAACCAGAUGGUUGCGCGCCCUGCUGGUGCUCCGGUGUGGGGCUGUCGUGCAGUAGCGCAGUACUGCAGACACUCGCUUUCGAGACACUGAACGAUUGGAAGGUGACGGAUAUGACGCGCUCCCAAGUGGCUAUGCCAACAGUGGAUACCAAUACGAACUACCUGGUUUAUGGCAUGUACGAUCUGAACGAGGUGGAAGCCAUUUACUGGCAGGCGCCGCAAGGCUAUCUCGGCAAUCGCCUGACCAGCUAUGGCGCACGGCUCACUAUACAAGUGAGCUGGGUAACAAUACGUGGCGACACAUCUGGCAAACCAACAGCCGGACCAGAUGUGAUACUAUUUGGACGGAAUGGCUUGAAAAUAGCUUAUGGCGAUACAACAUAUACGCGCGGCUCAACGGCCACCAUUAACAUCACGCUUGACGAAACGGAUUGGUAUCAUGUGCCGCCAGCAGUGCGCGAUAUAAAGACGCGUUUGCGUCGCACCGAAUAUCAUGGCUCGGCGGUGACGCGCGCCCAGCUGCUCUCUGUUCUAUCGGCGCUAGAUGCGUUGCUCGUACGCGGCACUUAUCAUACCGAUCAAGUAGAAACUGCCCUGGAGCGUGUAAUCAUCUACUCGGGUGGUACGGAAUUGGGCGCGGUGAAGGCGAGCACACGUGUUGAGCAAUGCGCUUGUCCGCCGGGUUACACGGGACUCUCCUGCGAGAGCUGUGAUUUCGGAUUUAUACGUAUCUGGGAGAAUGCGACAGAUCAUCAGUUGGUGGCCAAAUGUAUUCCCUGUCCAUGCAAUGGACAUUCGAAUUCGUGCGACUUGCAGAGCGGCGGUUGUGGCAACUGUAUGCAUAACACCUACGGCGAGCGUUGUGAGCGCUGCAAAGUUGGCUAUUACGGCAACCCACUGCAAGGCACCGAACACGAUUGCAAACGCUGCGCCUGCCCUCUGUUGGUCGAUAGCAACAACUUUUCACCCAGUUGUCAACUGAAAACGUACAGUAUCAUGGAUCUGAACCCCUUAUAUGGUGUGGUGGAAAAUUCCGAGUACAUUUGCACGCAAUGCCCGCACGGCUACACUGGUGACCAUUGUGAAAUGUGCGACGACGGCUUCUUUGGCAAUCCAACAGUGCAGGGCUCACACUGUCGUCCGUGCAAUUGCGAUGGCGGACCGUGUGAUGUGUUCACCGGACAGUGCAUCAUCUGCGACGGCAACACCGAAGGCUGGCGUUGUGAGCGCUGCAAGCUCGGCUAUUGGGGUGACCCCUCCAUGGGUUGUGAACUUUGUGAUUGCUACACAGAUGGCUCGGAUAGUGACUUUUGUGACAGCACCAAUGGCCAGUGUUUGUGUAAACCGCGUUUCGCCGGUCAAAAGUGUGAUGAAUGUGAUGCGGGUUACGCGAAUGUCGAUUUGAAGUGUUUGCCGUGCAAUUGUAAUCCUCUCGGCGCUGAGGAUGUAGACUAUUGUGAUCCGGAUAGUGGACAGUGUGAGUGUAAACGAGGGGUAACGGGUUUGCAGUGUGAUGGAUGCUCAGAAGGACAUUUUGGACUCAAAAAUGAAUCCGAUGGUUGCGAGGGUGAGUGA